AUGGCCGAAAUCCAAUUAACCCUCACCCAAAUUCAAACUAAUUUACAAACUAUCACCAAUAACCAACAAAUCCUCAGUAAGAUAAGUUUAGCUCAAUUUCCUAAUUUAAUAAGUAUUGUUUUUGAAGGUAGUAAUAAUUUGAACUUUGCCCAUUUUGAGAGUAUUGAUAUUAGCGAAAACACAAAUUUAGCUAGAAUAAUGUCGCGUAGGCAAGCCAAUAAUGCAAAUUUGAGUUGUUAUCCUUGGCAAAUAAGUGCUCCUAGCCAUGACCAAACAGCAAUUCCUUAUUGUUUAGUUGAAGACAAAAAAGCCGAACAACUACAAGUAGAAGUAGAAAAAUUAAGUCAAACUCUUAUAGAAAAAUCCCAACAAAUAGAAGACUUAAAAAAGAAAACAGAACAAACUCCUACUCUUGAACAGUUUCAAGAACUAAAUAACAAAGUAAUUGAUUAUCAUCAAUAUAAAUUUUGUAACCAUCUAGUUGACUUUGGAUAUUUUUGCAAGAAAAAGUUAAAUUUUCUUGACCUCGACAAUAAAUCUUUUCAACACUAUUAG